AUGGUGCCGCAGGCCGUUCUAGAAGUGAUGAUCAAGCUAGUUCCUCUGCAAUUAAGGGAACCAUUGGAUAUAUUCCACCAGUAUGGAGCAGGAUCUCCAGUGUCAGCAGAAGGAGACAUGUAUAGCUAUGGAAUUCUUCUUUUGGAGAUGAUCACUGGAAAGAAGCCAACUGAUAGCAUGUUUGGUGAAGGUCUAAACCUACACAAUUUCUGUUACAUGGCAACUCUAGAUGGAAUAACUGAGAUUGUUGAUUCAACAUUGCUCAUUCCAAUUGAUCAACAAGAAAGAAGAAGGGUUACACAACAGCAAAACAUGGAAGACACCAUUCAAGAAUGUCUUGUGCCUUUUGCUAGUAUUGGAGUUGCAUGUUCUCAAGAGUUUCCUAAUCAGCGAAUGAGCAUAAAAGAUGUCAUAACUGAAUUGCAUGCAAUCAAACAAAAGCUAUCAUGCUAA